AUGGUUGCAGGGCCCGACGUUAUCACUUACAUUGGAGUUCCGUUGGCUGUCCUUGGAGUUCUGCCUAUCAUCUAUAAUACCAUCGCGACCCUUGCGACGCUGUCCAGAGUAAGACGCAUGCUCCGUCAUGGACGUUUGGCAGGAGUUGUUAGAGGAGACGUGAUCAAUCAUGUUAUAGAGGUUGAGCUUCCUCGUUACACCAUUGCCCCUUUGCAUCGAGAGGAGCAGCGUCACGAGUAUUGGAGACUGUCAGAUCACCCCAGCCAUAUUCCUGGCGGUACCUAUACUACCUUUAAUUGGAAAAGGCAUAACACAGGCCUGAAGACGCAGAGGAUUGAUUAUUCAGACCAACUGCGUCAACCUCAAGCAGAGAUAGGUUUCGAAGAGCUUCUCUCGUUUCUUCUAGAUCUUGGUGCCGUACCAGACCCUUCUGGUUUUCGAAUGCUCAGGGGCAGUGGAUUAUGGGUUCCGAUCGGCACGCCUCUACUCCUCUCACCUGACCGACAUGAAGCUGUUUUGACUAUAGCUCCCUUGGACGAUUCUGACGGCAAGCUGUCACUUGCCGUAAGAUGGUCAUCCAAUUGGGGUAUGAGAGACCCUGCUUCUUUGCCGCCAUAUUGGGUCAGACUUCGCGGGGCAGAUCCUUCAAGACCAACCAUUGCACAGCAGAGCAAAAAUAGGAAAGAUGCUGGCGAAGUAACAAAUACGAAUGAGAAGAGCAUGACGUCGCUAGAAGCAGAUUGCAAAUACAGUGACGGGACAUCGAUUGUGAAAGCUUCGGAUGACUGGAAGAACAAUAUCAUGAACGAAGCUUCUCUGCCAGCCUCUUCAGCUCGCAUCGGAAUCGAUCACCCAGAGACCAACCUAUCUGCCAUAGAGGAUAUUGUACCCACAAUUCGAUGCCAGGUUGGUGUCCAUGGGCUCAUCUCAGCCACUCCAGAAGAUCUCGAUCCAUUAUUGUUUGAGGCACUUGAUACAAAACAUCUUGCAGUCGAUGAAACCACUGUCAACAGUGUUAGCGUUUGGUUCGCGAGCGUUCUCACAGCACUGAGUACAUCCUCUCAAACCAUACUCUGGAAUUAUAAGAUUCCCGCCGAAAUACUCGCUUUUGCAAAGCGCGAUACGAUCCCGUGUGGCGUCCUCGUUUUAUUAAAUAUCGUUGAAGAAUCAGCAACACCAGAAUGGGCAACCAAAUACAACGACGACGAAGAGAUGCGUGAGGCUCAAAUGCGCAGACAGAGAGAUCAAUCCAAAGCUUUGAUGAGGGAGAUGCAACUUCCACCUGCAGAGAAAUCCAGAGCAUUUCAUGAGCGGGUCCGCAAAGAGCAUGAUGAUUGGAUUGACGGGCUGAAUGCUACCAGACGAAGAGAUGCUCAAAGAGCGGAGACCAGAAUUAUUGAAGCCAUUCAGAGUCCAAAAUGGGACAACAAACUUGUGGCUGAGCAUAAUCUGUUGUGGCUAAAGAAGGAAGGGCACAUAGGCGAAACUCAUGAUCUGAAGCGAUCAGUGGAAUUUUUGCUGUGGAGGAUGGUGAAUGAGCCAAUCUUUGCCCAAGAGUUGGCACAAAGCUUAGACUCCUGGCAAGCCUUUGUCGAUAACGGUGGUCUCCGAAAAGCCGAAUAUGUGGAUUUGAAGGAACAUCAGGUUAUGUUUGGAUAUGCCAGCUUGCUUCUAGCUGUCAUCAAGGCUUCGGUGACCGCUGCUCAUGGUUCGUUGGGAAUGGAUUUGCAGGAGUGCAUGAGAAUAUGGAAGACCGUGCGGCUUGGCUGA